CCUCAAUGAUUCAUUUUCACUAUGUAUUUGGUUAUUGGUUAUCUUCAUUUUUCAAGGCACCAGUGUAAAUGAUUAACGUAGAUAAAUAGCGCUACAUUUAUAUACUUUUAAAAUAGACUAAUGACUUUUUUGGUGUCUGUUUGAAGGUCUUUUAUACAAUGAAAAGCAUUUGAUAGCUAUUCGGUCACGGGCACUACCUUGCCGAUUUAACUCGUUCACAAAAUGAUGAUGUUUGAUAGUGAAUUUUUGUCAUUUUUAACCUGUUGUUGCUACAUUAAUGUUUUAAUUGUGAUAAAAACGAGAAUGGAAAUGAACGUCACCUUGUACCAAUGUUUUUUGAUUUUUCAUCAUCACUUUAAUCAAGCUCUUGUCGUCUAUGAUUGUUUCAAUAUUUGAACAAGUGUACAACUACAUAUUUGAGUGAAACUAGUACUGAAUUCAUGAAAACCAUUAUUGUCUGAUAUAAAUUCUUUUUUAGUCUCGAUUUAAUGUUCUGCUGUAUAUCUCUAGGAUCAAAAUUAAAAGGUUCACCACCUCGUCCACCUUUUGUGAGCUUGGAGCUUUUAUUAUUCAGGUAAGUAUAUCUUUCGUCUUUGUCUGGCACGUUGUCUGUCUCAAUCGCACGCGCCGUCAGCCGGCUGCGUUUGCGCAGGAGUUGAUCGGAUCGGAGUAGAGCAGUAAGCGGAGCGGCGCUGACGUGAUUGGUCGCCGUGUCCCCAAUGUCUCGCGUUCCGAAUUUAAAAUAGUCGCGAUCGACUUAUUGUGAGACAAGCGAUGUGAUUUGUUUAUAGUUUUUGUUUCUCAAUCAAAACGAAUUGAAGAGACUAAUUCCAUUGAACUAUGAUUGACUCGAGUAAUUUAUGUUCCUGAUUAUUGUAUACUAACAAAAACAGCGAGUGCGUCACAUUAAUCUCCCGUCUAAUGACGUUCGACCGUAGUAACCUUUAGCAGCUGGUUGAUAACAUCCAUCCAACGGGAAAAUGGAAUUUAAGUUAUUAAGCACGUCUUUUCACUUCCAAAUCUGCAGGCUCAACAAUGAAGUAAACGAAGCGGCAAAGAAGAAAUUGACAACACUAUGAAAAUCAAGCAUUAUCCUGGAAAAGCGGUCAUGGAGGACCCGUGGCUGUCCAUUACGGACAGAACUAUGGAUCUCGUAUAUGCAGCCAACUGGGUUGGUGCAAAGAAUCUCAGUUCAUAUAACGAAAACGACGACCAAUCAAACUCUAGUAAAUUCAAUUCCAUAUCAAGAAGUAAAUCAUGCAGAGACGUUGGUCGCACUAGUGACAAAGAUUAUGAUAGCAAAACAUAUUCAUUGGAAGAUAAUGAAUAUAAUUAUUCUAAUAACGAUGUUCCUAAUGAAAACAUAUCUCAAUUAGCUAAAUAUCAACAAAACAUAGAAGAGAAAGCGAGAGCAAAUAAUAAUCUUCUCGCACAGAAUAAAUUGAAACAUAGUUAUAGUUUUAAAGAUAUGCCAAAUGGAUAUAGGCCGUCGACUUUAAGAAGAGUUAAACGUAGAAAUUUCACUGAAUGGGAUAUUGAAGCGUUCGCAUCGAACAGUAAACAGCCACCUGUCCCGCCUCAACGUAAGGAUUCUUUAAAAUAUGCCCAUCGACAAAGAAAGGUUGACUCAAAGAAAAGUUAUUAUCCAUUACCUGAUCCGGGUGCAGUCCCACCUGACCCAUCCUCAGAAUCAUAUUAUGAAUACUACUCCAGGGUAAGUCAGCAAAAUAAUGACACUGAUAGUGACAAGAUAAAACAGAUGCAAAAGGAUACAAAAAAAGAUAAAAGUAAUCAUGGUGAGCCCAUGAAACAAAAUGGAAAUACUAUGUACCAAUUGAUAAACUCUAUGGCAACUUUAGACUUAAGUACAAUUAAAUCCAGAAACGGUAAACAAAACCUCGAUAUAGAUUGUGAAGCGGAAGAUUUGGGUAUAUACAUGCAGCCUGUUAACAAGUCGUUAUCUACAUGCGAUCAAAUUCCUAAGCACACAACGCAACCAGCAAACGAACGAAACGGACGCAUCGAUGAUAAUAAACCUAGCUUUCGUUCUAAAUCAUUGAGAGUAAAAAGCGAAGGAAGAGCGCCACUUAGAGCUUAUCUCGACGCGGUCCAGCCUGACGAGACUUAUAAUGAAGUCACUGUCACGCAACCGAAAAGGAAUCUGUCACCGAGCGAACAGCUGACGUUAAUGCAGUACGAAAUGUUUAACGGAAGUCAAUCCACCCCGCCGAUUGCAAAUGGGUUACACUCUACUGAUCAAAGUAAAGAAAGUGACUAUCGGACUAUAAACGGUGCUGCAAAGCAAAUCAAACGUGAUAAGUACGGGAAACUAUACAAUACAGUGAGAGUGAAAAGUGAUGAUAGGUACGAUAGAUACAAUGACAUUAUGUCUUUCGGAACACAAAAAGAUCGAAUUAGUGAAGAGCGUGUCACAACAAAUGGUAAUGGUGUGUUUUCUAGGAGUGCUAAAAGUUCAUCCAGCGGGUCGGACUCGGAUUUUUCGAUACCAAGACCAAAGUUAAUAGUGCCUGUGCAUACUUACGGGACAAGAAAGAGGAGGACAGGAAAUCUCUGCCAACGCGACAGUAACGCUACUGAAUCGUCGUUGGAUGCGGGUAUAUUGUUAGACGUGACACGUCUAGAGCCAAACAACAAAUCCACUGACAAGCAUCCUCGAAAUGGAGAAACAGAGGGUCGCGUGGAAGUGUCGCGGGAGAACAAAUACCUCAGCACGAUGGCACCAGGCAAGGUAUUUGGAGAGCUGGCCAUUCUCUACAACUGCAAACGUACCGCCACCAUCAAGGCAGCCACCGAUUGCAGACUAUGGGCCAUCGAACGCCAGUGCUUCCAGACCAUCAUGAUGCGCACUGGUCUCAUCCGCCAGGCUGAAUACACUGACUUCCUCAAGAGUGUGCCGAUCUUCAAAGAUUUGCCCGAAGACACACUUAUCAAGAUAUCGGACGUAUUGGAAGAGACUCACUAUCAGAACGGUGACUACAUCAUUAGACAAGGCGCCCGUGGUGAUACUUUCUUCAUUAUCUCUAAGGGACAGGUGAAAGUCACUCAGAAACCACCAAACAGUAAUGAUGAGAAAUUUAUAAGAACUCUCACGAAAGGCGAUUUCUUCGGAGAGAAGGCAUUGCAAGGGUAAG